UAACAACACAAUAUAUUAUCAAUACCGCUAUUCGAAUAAAACCAUAAUGACACGUUAAUCUAUCUAAACGAAAUGAAUUGAAUAAGUAUUAAUAAAUAUAUAAAUAACAUUAUAAUUUUACACAGUAAUGGAGUAUUACAAUUCUGAAAAGGAAAUUAGGAAAUGCUCCUUAGAAAGAAACACUACUAGGCAAAACGAAAAGGAGAAAAGCAGACAUCAAAAGCAGACAACAAAACAUUAUGCAGCUAAACAAAAUCAAGAUGAAAACGGAUCCGCCAAACAAAAACAAGAAGAAAACAAAUCUGCCAAACAAAACCAAGAAGAAACGGAUCUGCCAAACAAAACCAAAAAGAAUUGCUACAGAAGAAAAGAAGAGGAGAAAAGAAAGAGAGGAGGAGAGGAGGAAAAGGAGCGGAUCUGCAAGAUCUUUGCCAGGGCCUCCCGCCAAACCGCUGCACCGCCGGACAGCCGAACCACUAGACGGCCGCAUAGCCGGAUCGCCAAACUAUCGGACCGCUGCAACGCCACAUCUUUUUCGAUCUGUCUUGCCACAUCUACAACGCCAGUAUAGCUCAACUCCUCCAUUAAUUUGUACGUCGCUGGACCUUGAAGUCUUGAAGCUGCCCUGCUUAGUUAUGGAUGAAGGAGAGAGAGGGUUUGGUGAGGUCGUUGGGGAGAAAUAAGGUUUGGUGUGAGAGGAAAACUUAAGCAUAGAAAACAGGGGCAAUUUUGGAAACAUGGAAAAGUUUAAAAGUCAAGGUCUUAUUUAAUUACAUACGGAAACUUAAACUCCUAUUUAGCACCAUUUCUCAAUAAAAAAAUUAAAAUAUAUACUUUGUACUUUAUUAGUAAAAUAGAAUAAAAAUUAUAUGAAAAAUAGCUAAAAUUGUAUUCUAUAAUAACUUCGGUUAAUACAACGAGAAGAAAACUAAACUCAACUUUACAUUUUCUUAUUAUCACAGAAUUCAGUGUGCGAAAUUAAAUAUUAC